AUGACUGUGCCUGAACCCCCUAUGAGCUUGGACGGGCAUUGCUCCGCAGUCUACAACAACACUCUCUACGUCUAUUCUCCGUAUGGAUUUGCGUCACUUUCGCUGGCACAAAACACAACUUCUUGGAGCACUUUACCACCGGGCAUGAACGUUACUGGCGCCGCAUGUGUCACUGCCGCGAUUGACGGCAAUAAAGACGACCUGGCAUUCUACGUAGUCGGCGGGACCGGCAACUCAUCCUACUUUGGACUACAGCGGUAUUCAUAUCAGGACCAGGAAUGGUUGAAUUUGGCUUCUGGCUCGUCCCCCUAUACUGAUCGGCUGGGCCAUGGCGUCGGCUACUUCGAGGAUGCAGGUACUAUUCUGAUGUAUGGCGGGGAGCAAGGCUACAGCGGCGCUUCGCAAUCGACCUAUCUGAUAUACACUACAUAUCCCUAUACGGUAGACUCGAUGAGCAAUCAGGGUGCCCCCGCAGCACUUGACCCGAUGCUUCUAAACUGGAACGAAUCAACAAUCGCCUUGAUUGGUGGCUAUUCGUCCACGACAGAUGUUUACAUCUUUUCAAAUGGAAGUAUGGGUUGGGUAGCUUCUGGAGCUACGGUUUCAAGCGAGCUCGCGUCAGAAACCGGCCGCUUCGCCAUCCUGAGCGAUGACGAUGGGAACAAGAUCUUGGAAGACUUUGACUUGGAAGCGUCGCCGAAUACGAUCACCAGCUACGAAAUUAUCAAGGAUGGAAUUGCUCAGGCAGCCACUGUUGUAGGAUCCUCCUCAAAGCGGAGUUUAAGCAACUAUCCCUCGUAUGACAGCAAGAAUGCCCCAACCACGUCACGAUCCGAUUACGCAAUUGCCCAAAGCAGUGAUAACCUGGUUGUCAUCACCAGCGGCAGCGGAAACAAUUCGGUGUCCAUCUUCAAUCAAACGGCCAAUAGCUGGAUCAAUACAACGGAGUUGUUUUACGGUAGUGGUACGCAGAAGGUUUUACACACAACCACUACUUCAUCUAGUACAUCCACUGCGAUGGCCUCUUCCACAUUUUCCACAGUUUCGACCACUCCAUCUUCAUCCCCUACUGCUACUGCUGCUGCCUCCGGCGAUUCCGGUGAACGUGUCGGCGUGAUCAUUGGUGCCACUCUUGGCGGAGUAUGUGGUGCCAUCGUCAUCCUGGUUGCCAUUCUCAUUUUCCUCCGCCGCACAAGGGAGAAGCAAAAUCCAACAGGCAAAGGAAAGGAAGCCGGCAAAGACCGCCUCAGUUUCCAAGACCAGGGCAUAGAACCCUUGGCCGAAAGAGCCUACCCGAUGGCAAAGAGCCCUGUUCCUGUCGCCUCUAUGUCGGAUGAUUCCCUUGCUAUCAUAUCGGGCAAGUAUGCUGGAGAGAAAGCCUUGAGGGCCCCCAACCAGACUUAUGGAUAUGGAUUGGGCAAACAGAGUUUAUCACCUAUCCCGUCUAGUGGAUUAGCCCCAUCAAGUAUGUACUCGGACGAUUCAGACCGGUCUGCCGCCAUCGCUUCCGCUGUCGAGGCCAUCUCCAGCCCUGGAAACAAGCCUGGAGAUCGAACCACCGAUGAGGGAUGGGGCAAAUACUUUGAUGACAAUCGCGCGUCGAAUUUUGCUGGAGAUCGCUCCACUAUCAGCUCCACAUACACUAAAUCAGAUUACCGUGGUAGCAGCGCGUGGCCCAUGUCCAACCUUGCUCCAUUAGAUUUCGGAUUCCUCGAUAAACCAAAGCCACUCGGCCAAGUCAAUAGUGGAAGUCCCACAACAGAAGUCGGAGGGCAUACUGGGCGUAGCCUAGUCAUCCCCGAAAGUCAAUCCGCGCGAAUUUCAAGUGCCGAUUCGGUCAGCAUUUGCUCGGACGAUGACCCGCACGAUACAAACUGGACUGGAGCAGCUCACAGCAGCUGGCUAGGACGCCCGACCAGCAGCAAUUACAGCAACAGUUACUACGGUGCAAGCAACACAAACCUUCCGGCGACAAACUCGCAAUCCUAUGCACGCCAAUCCAAUGCCCGAAAAUCCAGCGUCAUCGUACCGGAUAAUAUUGAUGAGCUUGCACCGUCCGGAACCUACAAUUCAGAUAUGAGCUGGCUCAACCUCCAUGCUGAACGCUGA